AAUACUGUCAAGCUAGAAGAUAUUAUAAACGAAGUUCUACUCGAAAUACAGGAAGAAAAAAAAAUGAUAGUCGAAGAUAAAAAAGGUUUUAUUGAAUGGUUUAAAAAUAUAUAUCUACAAAAGAAAGUACCAAUAGGAGUAUUAACUGAAAAGACAAAAUUUCCAAGUAAUAACCAUAUGAUUGCAAGAAAAUUGACAAACAAAUUACAUCACAAGAUAAUUGUUAAAAUUAAAGAACAAAUCUGGUGGCAAAGUAGAAUAGAAUUGAAUGAGUAUCCAGUAUUCAUGACUAAUUAUAAUACAAAUUGGUAUUUUACAGAUUUGAAUCCAUACUUGAUGGAUCUUAAAAAUUAUAGAUUUGGAUUUGAUAUAUCAAAUUUGGACCUGUAUAAAAAACCAACUUGCUAUAUAUAA